AUGGCCGGGCUUAGCCUCAGCCUCGGCGGCAAAAGCGGGGGCAUCAGUCUUGGCGACGAACACUCAGCAGUCAAGAAGCGUCUCCUCUUCCUCCUCCUCGCCGUCCUUUGGUAUUCCUGCUCCUUCCUCUCUUCGUCAACGAGCAAAGCUCUACUGUCAGGCAAAAAGGUCAAGUUAGCAUCUGCUGCUACCUCAUCGGAUGGUACCAUCACCAAGACGACAUCGCACACUCCUCCCCUCUUUCCCUAUCCGGUCUCUCUCACCGCCCUGCAAUUCCUCUUCGUCUUCGCCUUCUCCUACCUACUCUCGAGCCCUACCAUCGCUGCCAAUCUGCACCGCGCCUUGGGACGUCCAGCGCCAAGGAAUGCACAGAGUGGACUACCGGGUGGUCUCAUGAGUACUUUGGUCAUGGUGGAUGCAGCGAAGCUGAGGGAGAUGGUCGGAUUGAGCUUCUUCAAUGUGGCCGGCCAUGCUAUGACCGCUGCUGCCAUUCAGAUGGUGCCUGUCAGCACGGUGCAUACAGUCAAGGCCCUUUCUCCCCUCUUCACUGUGCUCUCGUACGUUGUGAUUCUCAAGCUCUCCUACCCGCUCAGGACGUACCUCUCCCUUGCCCCACUCACUAUCGGCGUAAUCUUCGCCUGCUCUGGCCUAUCCUCCAUCGAAGGCCCCAAAGCCUGGCUUGGAAUCCUGCUGAGCGUUGGCAGCACCGUAGUAUUCGUGGCGCAGAAUCUCUGGUCAAAGAGACUGCUCGGGCAUGCGCUGCACGGCGGUGGUGGCGAGGGAGGAGCGACGCCUAGCAGUGGAGUCAAGUUGGACAAGCUCAACAUCCUCUUCUGGUCGAGCGGAGUCUCUGUCCUCCUAAUGAUCCCAAUGCUCCUCUGGUCCGACCUACCCAGAAUGUACGCCGCGGGUCGAGCCGUGGCUGACCACCCAGGGAGCGCCUUGGGCCACGCAGCGGCUCAGCAGGCAGGCAGCGCAGCAAGGGCCGCAGCACUUGAUAUCGCUGCUGCUACCCGAGCUGCCAGUAGCUCGGCAUCCAGCGGCCACACAGCAGCGAUCACCCGUCUACUUCUCGCAAACGGCGUGGUGCACUUUUCCCAAAAUCUCUUGGCUUUCAGCGUUCUGGCCCUCACCUCUCCCGUGACCUACAGUGUUGCCUCUCUGUGCAAGAGGGUCUUCGUCAUUUGCUUCGCCAUUCUCUGGUUUGGACAGCGCGUGACGGGCACGCAGUGGGUCGGCAUCGGUUUGACCUUCGUCGGCUUGUGGCUUUAUAAUGAUGCUAAACAGCGUCCGAGCGCCGGGGACGCGGGAGCCAAGGGGGCUGCUCUCAAGAGUGGCGCAUUCAACGGGCCUGCGAGUAUGGCAGCAAAGGAGGAGGAAGCUGCGCUGGACUUUGGAUUAGACAGAGGAAGUCGGAGACGGACGGGCAUCUUGCCGACCAGCGGCGGCAGUGGGAGCAGUGGGCCGAUAUGGAAGGAUAUGAGCAAUUCACUGUACGGCUCAAGCUCGACAGGAUCGGCGGGAGCGGGGCCAGCAAUGAACGGGAUCCCGAUGCGCGGCAUGCCCACUCAGCAGCAGCCGCAGUACAAUGGACUGCGGUCCCCCCCUGUCGCGAACGGUCACGCCAAUGGCUCUGCGAUGCCCAGUGGAGCUAAUGGUGCAGGGCCGCCGCCAGUGGAUAAGGGCGGGGCUAAGAGGGAUUGA